CUUUCUCUCAUUCCAGUCAUUCUUUGCUUGCUCCUUUUACAUCACGGGAUCCCCAUCCCCUCCUUUUCUUCUUCUUCUUCUUCUUCUUCUUCUUCCUCCUCCUCACUACUCUCUGUACUUUCCCAUCUCUCUCUCUCUCUUUCUGGGUUCGUCUCUUUGCUCUUGUUUUACCUUAGGCCACUCACAUUCUCGGACUGGCAGCGAGUGAGCAUUCAACCAAGGACUAAAAGCUAGCUAGACCCGAAUCAUCAAGUCUCUUCUUGAGUUAAAUUUACAAUGCCCCAGACAGGCAAAUCCACCCAAGAACCGGGUUUCGACUCGCUCCCGACUCGCUUCCGUGACUCAGUCACUUGCAAUGACGACCAUAAUAAGAACAAGCCCGAUUUCAAAGAGCUCGAUCUGGGCGGCUCACCCGUCUCGCCCUUGAUGACCAGGACCUCAGUGAACGGCGUUAACAACAAUGGAGGUGGCGCCGCCACUACUUCCAGCUCCAGUUCGAGCUCUUCCGGUUCGGUUUCCAGCAAAACCCAGCUGGGGAGAAGAUCCGACGGCAGUAGACCCAACAACCACUCCGGCGAGCUAACUGUCUCCUCCGAAAUGAGCCCCAGAGCUUCCGAGAGCGCCCGAUCCGGUACCACGCCGCGUAAUUGGAAGCCGGAGCAUCGGAGAUCGGUCUCCGCCGGACCGCCGUUGAUCUACUCCGGCAAAACGUUCGCCGGCGGUAGUAACGUUAGUGCCGGGGGUAGCGUUGGUAAUGCUUGUGGAAAUGUAGCAACCAAUAAUUCAUCUUCAACCUCCACAACUGUGUUCCCCAGCGGCAACAUAUGCCCUUCCGGGAAAAUUACGAAGUCUGGAAUUGUGUGGAGAGCCAGCAGUAAGACUGAUGUUUUGGGUUCGGGGUGCGGCAACUACGGCCACGGUAGCAUAGUUCGAGGGGUUUCGAAAUCGGAUGCUACUGGUUCGAAUGUGGGUGGCAACUUACAGAUUGGUGGGGAGUCUGUGGCGGUUAAGAGGGCAAUGGGGAACUCUGAUCCAGAGGAGGUGAAGAAGGCUGGGAAUGAGAUGUAUAAGAAAGGCCAUUUUGCGGAGGCAUUGACAAUGUAUGAUCGCGCUGUGUCUUUAUCUCCGGACAAUGCUGCUUACCGGAGUAACAGAGCGGCGGCAUUGACCGCGCUGGGGCGGCUGGCCGAGGCUGUGAGGGAGUGUGAGGAGGCUGUCAGGUUGGACCCUGGUUAUGGGAGGGCGCAUCAACGGCUUGGUUCGCUUUAUCUUCGUUUUGGGCUAGCGGAAAAUGCCUCCCACCACCUCUCAUUUCCUGGACAAAGGCCAGAACAGUCUGAGUUGCAGAAGUUGAAGUCACUGGAGAAGCAUCUGAAACAAUGUUCAGAUGCCCGUAAGCUUGGUGAUUGGAAGAAUGUGCUAAGGGAAUCAGAUGCAGCCAUAGAAAUGGGACUGGAAUCCUCCCCUCAGCUUGUGGCGUCCAAGGCAGAAGCUCUAUUGAAGCUCCAUAAACUCGAAGAUGCAGAAUCCAUCCUAUCAAACAUACCUAAGUUUGAAAAUUACCCUUCUUCCUGCUUGCAAACCAAGUUAUUUGGCAUGCUCGUUGAAGCUUAUGUACUCUAUGUAAGGGCCCAGGUUGAAAUGGCAUUCGGAAGGUUUGAGAAUGCAGUAGCAGCUGUAGAGAAGGCUGGUGUAAUCGAUUACAGCAAUGUUGAAGUUACAAGGGUAUCAAAUAUUGUGAAAAUGGUUGCGAAAGCUCGUUCUCAAGGUAACGAUCUUUUUAGCUCUGGAAGGUUUGCUGAAGCCUGCGCUGCUUAUGGGGAGGGCCUCAAGUAUGAUAGUUCCAAUUCUGUUCUAUACUGCAAUAGAGCAGUUUGCUGGUCUAAGCUUGGACAAUGGGAACAGUCUGUUGAAGACUGCAACCAAGCCCUCAAGAUUCAGCCUCAUUACACCAAAGCCCUUCUAAGAAGGGCUGUGUCGAAUGCAAAGUUAGAACGAUGGGCAGAGGCAGUGAGAGAUUAUGAGGUCUUGAGGAGGGAACUCCCCGGAGACAAUGAGGUUGUUGAAUCUCUUCACCAGGCUCGAGUGGCAUUGAAGAAGUUCCGUGGAGAGGAACUUCAUCAUGUAAAGUCUGGCGGUGAAGUGGAAGAAGUUUCUAAUUUAAAUAAGUUCAAAGCUGCAAUAUCAUCACCUGGUGUUUCUGUCAUUCAUUUCAAAGUUGAAUCCAAUGAGCAAUGUGAAGAACUAUCCCCAUUCAUAAAUAUGCUUUGCGUUAGAUAUCCAUCUGUUAAAUUUUUUAAGGUGGAUGUGGAGGAGAGCUUAGCCAUAGCAAAAGCUGAGAGCAUAAGAUCUGUUCCAACAUUUAAAAUUUACAAGAAUGGUGAAAAGGUCAAGGAGAUGGUCCGCCCAAGCCACCAGUUCUUAGAGGACUCCGUGAGAACCAGUUUCUAGCAGACACCCAUUUUUGGUCUGUCCUCAUAUUUUUUUGGUAACUCUCCUAGUAUUUACCAUCAUUUAUUUCAUACUGGGAUUACCAUAUUUCACCUGUGACAUAAUCAGCUACUCAAUUGUUUCAUACAGUUUUAAGGCAGAAAAAUCCUGCAGAGAGAAAUAUUCAAAUAGCUUGUUAGUCCACAUUUGUGGAAUUUUAUAUAUGAUCAUUAUUCAUUUAAUUUCAUAUCUAGUUUAAUCA